AUGGCAGCGCUACAUGGAGAAAUAGAUAUGGUGACUAGCGAUCAAGCUCUGCAGGAAUUAAUUGCAGACAACAGUGUUUAUAUGUAUCCAACUAAACGACGUAUCAGAACAUCACUUUCAAUAUUCCGAACCUACCUUCUGGAAAAGAAUCUACAACAGAGCGUAGAGAAAACAUAUUCUUCUGAACAACUGAACAAUUUGUUGACAAAUUUCUAUCUCGAAAUGAAGAAACCGGACGGGAAGCAUUAUGCUGGGACAUCCGUAAUGUCGAUUCGUUACGGUCUACAAAAACAUUUUCUGAAGUUAAGAAAUGAAGAUAUAAUACGUAAUGAAAAAUAUUCCAGUUGUAAUAAAAUGUUUAAGGAGGUAUUAGUUAAACUAAGGAAGGAGGAGAUAGAGUUUCAGAAAGGGAGAAUAUCGAUACACCCCGAUGAUGUAGCGAAGUUAUAUAACACAGUGUUCUCGACAGAUUCCCCAAAAGGGCUCCAGAGAAAGACCAUUUUUGAGUUUAUUUACUAUUUUUGUGACAGAGGACGCGAGCACUUGCGGAGGGUAAGAAAGGAGGAUUUUGUGUUCUCCAAAGACGCCUCGGGGAGGGAAUAUGUGACCGUUAAAGGGAGAUACUCUAAAAAGGAAAGUCGAGAAAAAUUGGACACAGAACCAGCCAGAAUGUAUGACCACCCUGGUAAUCCCAUGUGUCCAGUGACAUCUUUUAAGAAAUAUUUGACGAAACUAAACCCAAUCAACCCCUACUUUUGGCAGCGACCGAGGAAAUUAUACGACCCAUCUGACACAAUAUGGUACGAAAAUUCACCACUGGGAAAAAAUACAUUGUCCUCACUCAUGAUAAAUUUGAGUGUAGAAGCCAAACUUAGUAAAAAAUACAGCAACAGCAGUAUUAGGGCCACCAAUAUAACAAUACUAGACAGCCAGUCAGAAGAGGCCACUAAUGUGAUAUCAGCAAGCAAUGGCUGUCAACCUGACCAAUCAGUUAAAGAAAACAGUUCCGUAUUAACAGACAACAAGAAAUGUGAGGUAGCAGAAAUUCCAUAUAAAAACCUUCCUCCAAAAACUGUCAGUAACGAUGCAGCUGCUCCGUCUGAUCUGAGUCACCAAGACUCUUGUGUGGACUGUGAUAAUGAGACAGGUACCCCUAACAUGAACGAGUAUAGAAAUAUUUUGAUUGGAGAAGCAGCCAUUGCCUGGAAGCAGCUGAUUGGACGAUGUGACUGGCUUAAUGACAGUGAGUUAGCCAAUCAUCUGAUUCAGGUGCAUGAGGUCUAUUGUAGGAGCAGGGGCAUUUGUCCUCUAGAAAGAACACAUGAUGUACAGAUGUCUGAUCCUGUCUACAGAAAAAGUAUAGUGGAUGUGAUUCCACCCAUACCCGCGGGAGAAAGGGAGGACAUGUCACUGCAGUUAGAGGUUGAUGAAGUAAUUGAUUCUGUUGAUGAUGACUCAAGUGGUGACAGUGACCUUGAAAGUGAAGAGGAAAUUGAGGGAAAAGAAGAACCAUACUCUAUGGAUAGUAUCUCACCAAAUCCUGGAUAUACCCAGCAAGGAGAAGGCAGGGUUUCCACUACAGACAAUGAAUCACUGAAUUCAGGGGGAGAUAACCUCUCCCACGUAUCCACAGAAGUGAAACAAGAACCUGUUGAUAGUUAUUCAGUUGCUGAGAAUAUUACAGUAACAAAUAUAAAUUCCAAUUCUUCUGGAGACAUAAGUUUACCUCAGUCUGUGACAAAUGAUCUAGUUAUGAGAAGUUCAUUCACAUCUCCAAAUAUUUAUCAGAGUCCAUCAACUCAUUUUCAGAAUACAGUGGGUAGUGCUGCAGUGAUAGGAAAUCCAACUGCAAACACAAAGAGAGCUAGUGUUAAUGUAGCUAAAACUUCACUACUGACCACAUUGAAACACAUAGUGAUAAGAAAACAGACUACUACCACAGGGGCAAAUCAAGUUCAAAGGUCACUACCAUUCAGAUUAAGUUCUGCACAGGGUGUGAAAAAUAUAGAUCCACCGACUGGCUUAUUUAACACAGGACAAGGAGGAAGUACCUUAUACAUACAAAAGGGAAGCACUCCAAACUCAAUUCUUGUACGUCCCCAGAAGUCUGGAUUAUUCCAACCAGCAACACUUAAUCUACUCACUAGAUCCGAGAUCCAGAGUUCUCCUGCAGCAGAUAGAUUCAGAGUCUUACCAAAUUUAGGUCAACCUGCCCCGGUUUCUAGCCAACCUGUAUUAACCUCUCCUAGUACAGCGUUUUCAGUGAUUAGAGGAGGACAAGAGACUUUACCUGCCUCAACUGGGACAUUGACAAAAAGGGGACAGCAGAUUACACCUAUAUCAAGUGUUUCAUUAUUAAAAGGAGAGGUUUCACCUGCAUCAAUUAGUUCAUUGUUAAGAGAAAAACCUUCACCUGUGUCAGGUGUUUCAUUGUUACAAGGACAGACUACACCUGUGUCAGGUGUUUCAUUGUUACAAGGACAGACUAUACCUGUGUCAGGUGUUUCUUUGUUAAGAGGACAGACUACACCUGUGUCAGGUGUUUCAUUGUUACAAGGACAGACUACACCUGUGUCAGGUGUUUCAUUUUUACAAGGACAGACUUCACUUGUGUCACAUGUUUCAUUGUUACAAGGACAGACUUCACCUGUGUCAGGUGCUUCAUUGUUACAAGGACAGACUACACCUGUGUCAGAUGUUUCAUUGUUACAAGGACAGACUACACCUGUGUCAGGUGUUUCAUUGUUACAAGGACAGACUACACCUGCCUCAAAUGUUUCAUCAUUCAAAGGAGCUGAACAAAGUUCACCUGCUUCAGGUGUCUCAGAAGGGCAGCAGGCUUCACCUGUCCCAGGUGUUUUGUUUAUUAGGGGAAGAGAGCAGACUUCAUUUGGUAAAGUGUCACACAGUGGAUUUCAGCAAAUGGAUAAUGGUCAAGAACAAAAAGAAAAGAAAGAAGAUCUGGCUGAUACAAAAAAGUUUUCAGUAUACAAUAGACCUCUGGGUGCUUACUUGCUGUGGUUCAGAGCCAAUAGGAAGGAUAUCAAAAAACAAAACCCACAACUGAGCUGUACAGACUUGGAUAAAAAAGCCAGAGAAAUGUGGAAAGACAUGGGAGACAAAACAGAAUGGAUUGAGAAGGCUGCAGAAGCAAAGAAAGAGUUUGAAAAGGCCAUGGAGGAGUACAUAUCUCAACAGACCGAGUCAUCAGAGGAUGGAGAGGAGAAAUCAUCAAAGGAUAGGGAAUCAAGAAAGAAGAGAAAGAGUCCCAAGAUGGUCCCCUGUAAAUCAGAAUCAGAGAGACAGGGAGGGCAGGGAACUAAUUAUAAAAACAAGGAGUACACUUCCAGAUCAGGAGAAUCUUCAGGGUCUGAUAGUGAAGACAAACCUCGCAAAAAGAAAUCCAAGAGGGAUAAGGACUCAAAAGAAAACUUUUACAAAAUAGAAAGGAAAUAAAAUGUAGACCGAAGAAAGACCAGUAGAAUUAUCCAUGAGAGAACUUCUACCUGGUUGGGCACCAUUAAAUUAUGGAAGUGAAGGUGGAAUGUGAAGGAUUAGUCGAAUAAACAAAGGGAAACUGUAAUCAGCCGGGCAAAUCGCUCGUUUGAAUAGCUAAAUGGUUAAUUAGUAUUUAUUUUGUGUUAAUUCUGCAGUAUAUAUAUUUUCAAUUUUUUUUAACUCUAUGUUUUUAAUAAAUAAUA